CACUCUCCAAAUCAACGAGGGGGAGGUCACUGUGGCUAGCAUAGCAGUCUGAGCUGCACAACCAACCAGGAAGUCAGCAAAGUUACAAAAUAUCGUCAGCUUCAUUUUGUUUUUCCACAGUAACGUUGAAACAACACCAUGAGUUCUGCCGCCCCUCCGACUAUUGGGGAGCUGUUCCUCGUCCUCCGUGAGAUGGGUUUCACAGAGGAUCAGAUCCAGGCGGCUGUGCAGGCUGGCCAUUUUUCUGUGUCAGAGGCUGCUGAGUGGCUCUUACAGGGUCCAUAUCCACGACACACGUUGGUCAAACACUCAUCACAGCCAGCUGAAACAGCAAUUUCUGCUUUCAAUCCCCCAAAAGAAGCAGCAAGCUCUUCAAAGUUACAUACGUCUCCCGGUGAAACCAGAGCAUGUCCUUCAUUAGUGCUGAAACCAUCACAAUCACGCAACCUGUCUCCAGAACCAAUACCAGUUGAGUCACGCAUCAAACAAGACAAGAGCGACUUUGCAGAGCAAGAAAGACAACGAGUUGCUCAGGAAGCCAGAGCAGAGAGAAGACAAAAGAAACAGGAGCGUGAAUUGGUGUUAAAGCGGAUAGCUGAGGAUCGGAAGACCUUGCAGGAAAAGAAUCAGUCCGGCAGCGUUAAAGAGGCAUCUCCUCCUAGCAGUCAAGGGCAGAAGCUUGGAGGAAAGACUCAAACAAAUGUGGAUAACAACUGCAUUCUUAUGAUUCGGCUGCCAUCGGGUGAGUCAAUGCGUGAACGCUUCCCAGCGGACGCCCCCUUGCGUAGCGUCGUGGAGCACAUCACCAGACGCUACCCCUCCCUACCGUCCUUUUCCCUACUUCAGGGUUUUCCCCGGAAACGCUUUGGGGAGGCAGAGUUCGCUUGCUCACUGCACUCUCUGGGCCUCACACCUAAUGCUGCACUGUGUAUUCAGACCACCCCUCCAGAGACACCUCAGGAUCCACAGAGUCCUGCAGAACCACCAUCAACAGAACAUAAUGAGCCAUCUCCAUGUUUGGUGCCACCACAUCCUCGUAUCCCUUUCCUGGAGGAGGCAGGAGAGCAGGAGCGUCUACCCCCUCCACUACCUAAUCAGCUAUGGGAAGAGGCGGUGAAUAAUGCCGGGAUCCCAAGAGGUGGUCAUCCACUGCCAGGCCCGUUGCACCUCUGGGGACGUGGCCAGAGGCUGGUUCCGGGUGAGGCUGAGGAUGCAGCUGAAAUAGAAGUUGAUGAGGAACAAGAAGGAGAGGAAGAACCACCUUACUUGCUGAAUGGAAUGCAGAGGCUGCCUUUCUUUCCUGAGAACAGGAUUCGCGGAGCAUUUGAACCCAGGCACCACUGGCCAGAACAAGGCAAUCGACUCAGGGAGGCUCCAGCGGAGGACCCAGCAGAGCCUGAGGAUGCCGAAGGUCGUGUGGCACCAGUAGCUGCGGGUCAGGCGGCAGUGGAGCGUCUCCAAAGAGCAGCACAGGAAGAAGAUGCCCGUGCUUCGCAGGGCCAGCCAUCACCACCUAAAAGACCCUUCAGGACACCCAGCGUGUCAUCCUUAUGUGCCUUGGCUACCCGUGCAACAGUCCACCUCAUGACUGCUCCCAGCAUGCAAUACAGCAGCAGUCUGGCCGGCCUGACUCCAGAGCUGGCAGAGCUUUUGCUCAGCCAUAUGGUUCGUGAGAGGCUGCUACGUCCUCGUACCUUGGAGCUUUUCUUCGGUUGCCCUUUACAGAAGUUUGUUCUGAACUGCUAUCCUUACUCCACCAAUGAACUCCUGCGGCAGUUAAGGGCCUUUACAGCGCUGAAGCAUCUGAGUCUGGUGAAUUCGCCUCUCAUCACUGACUCUGGUUUAUCAAUUCUGUCCAGCCUGGUGAAACUCCAGCACCUCAACCUUGCUUCCUGUAGCAAACUGACUGACUCCUGCCUGCAGCAUAUCACAGGUUUGAAGAGCCUGUGCUUCCUGUCUCUGGACCAGACCAAAGUGACGGAUUCUGGGAUGGUUCUGUAUCUUCAGUCGGCUCCAUCCUGCCUGUCUCAGCUCAGCCUGAACCAGACAGCAGUGACUGAAGCAACACUGGUUGUCCUUCCUGCCUGUGUACCACAGCUGCGACUGCUUAGCAUCAAGCAGACUAAGGUCGAGGAUUUGUCAGCUUUGGCACAGUUGUCCAGCUUACAGACUCUCAACCUGGAUGGGACAGUUGUCAGAGAGGAGUCGCUGAAGCACCUCGCUACGCUCCCCGCACUCUCAUCACUGAGUUUGGCAGGAAUUCCCAUAGCCGACGGCAAUCACGCCUUGCAGAGUAUUUCAGGUCUGAAGCUGACUCACCUCACCCUCCCUGGACGCCACUCUGUAAAUGACAGUGGGCUGUCAUUUCUGUCUGCUCUGUCUUUGCUCCUAGAGCUUGACUUGACAGACUAUACACAAGUCACAGACCAGGGAGUUCAACAUCUUGCCACGAUGACCAGGUUGAAGAAGCUGUCGCUCAGUAAUACUCAGGUGACAGAUGCAGGGCUACCCUCUCUGCGUGGCCUGCAGGAGCUGCAGGAUCUGUGUUUGGACCGAACAGCCGUUACCAGCAGAGGAGUGGCAGCACUCAUCACCUGUCUGCCACAUCUUCAGGUUUUGGGGUUAGCCAGCACUCGGGUGGGAGACACAGUGGUGAGGAGAGGUGUGGUCCUCUGCAGUCAGCUUCUUAAACUUAAUCUCAGCCGCACGCGGAUCACAGAUCAUGGUCUGAAGUUCCUGAAACCCAUGCAUCUGGCUCAGGUAAACCUGGACGGCACUGGAGUGACUCUGAUGGGCAUUGCCAGCCUCCUCCCGCUUACGAACAUCGGCAGCAUCAGGGCCAGCCACACUCGCUCUAUUCCUCCUGAUGAGGUGUCCGAUGAGGAGUGGGAAGCCCAAUGAGCAUCAGCACCCCCAGCUAAAAAACAAAUACUGUACCUGAACAUGCCUCCCACUCCUGCUGCUGACCCGCUUUAGCCCUUGGAACAUGCUGCCACCAGGUUCUUAGAAACUCAGUAACUCAAAACACUCCUCAGUUUAGCUAGUGCAACUAAUCAGUCAGUCACAUGCUACUAUGAAACUGUAAGAGGAGCAUCUUGUUAAGCAACUAGGCCACUAAAAAUGUUUACAUAUAUAGAAACAAUCAGUAUUUACUCACAUUCACUGCAGGAUACUCCCACCUGAGCUUCAUGUGCAACCUUUUAUGGAGAGAAUAUUUCUCCUGCUUGAAAAUUGUGUAGUCAGCUGUCAGAAAUUUUUAAAAUAUAACUACUAACAGCAUGUAUGGGGACUAUGAUGACUGACAGCCAUUCUAGUAUUUUAAUUGAAAAUUGCCAAUUCAAACAUUGAAUGUUUGGGUUACAUGUUAAUCUGACCAUGUGACAUUGGAACCAGUAGAAAAAUGUCUUUACAUUCACAACAUUAGCAAGGUGAAACAGAAGUUCAUCUCAGGCUCAGGCUCAACUCCAGGCUAUUAGUAUUAGUCAAUAAGAUCACAGUUACCUACCAAGAUAACAUUUUUUUUAAUAAGAGAAAACAUACAGGUGGCAUUUGGUUUUAGUUUCAUUAAUUUAAGGUGGUGAGUUGAAGGACACUACCAUAUGUGCAGAUCAACUUAAAUCACGUGUGCACGCAUUUGCCUGCAUUAUUAAAGACUUCAAAGAUUCAGGUGUUUCUUCCUGUGCAAAGAUCAGGCUUUUCAAUGCCAACAGAUGGUGGCUGUAGGAUUUGAGAUGCCCCGUAUCUAAUGCAUGAUAUCACCCAAGUUAUACAUCCUGGAGAUGUGAAACUUAAUUUACAAGUUGUCUUAGUAACGUUAAGUAGAGCAACACUAUUGUUUUGUGACGUCUCAGCCAUUUUAUUUGGGUGAACUAAAGCAUACUUAAUGUGGCUGUAAUGUAAUCAUCUAUGCAGCACAAGCCAGAAUCCAAAGCGAUGUCUUCUAAACACUUUCCUUUUGUUUACAGAGAUGUAAAAUAGUUUAUUUUCCCUAAAACUCGUUUGACAGCAUGUUGAUUACAUUUAAAAGAAUAAAGUUUCCUCAGUGCAAGCACUGCGUUGUUCCAUUUCUUCAGACAAACCUUUAUUGCAUUACAUUGUUGAAUAAGGCAGAAAUGCUCACAGAAAAGAUGUCACCUAUUAAAUAUCAUAAAAUGACAUAAAAGCUGAAUAAUCUGAUAAUCUGAGAAAUGAAAAAAAAAAGAAAGAAAA